AUGUUAUUAAUUUUCUUGAUUCCAUGUGUUCUCUCUGUAUAGAAGAACUUAGAAAAAGUGUGGAUUGAUACAGAUUCUGGAGAUGCUCAGGCAUUGGCAAUUCUGUAUGCAGCCUUCAACUUCAAUGUAUUAGGAAUUUCAACUAUUUACGGAAAGACAUCAGCUGAAAAAGCAGGAGAAAAUGUUCUGAAGUUAACUACAAAUAUCUAAAUGCCAUAUCACAUUCCAGUCAUACAAGGAUUAGAUCUUCCAUACAAUAAUCAUUCAUGUGUGACUUCACAUGGGGAUGGAAUGUACCAAGCCAGUAUAUUUCCUGACCAUCAAAUCCCUAUAUUUAGUCAAGAUUUAACUAAGGAGCUUAAUAUUUAAACUGAAUAUCGAAGCAAGAAUUCAACUUUUACACUUCUGUUGUUAGGAGCAGCUACUAAUUUUGCAAAAUUACUUUAGAGAUUCCCUGAAAGAAUAAAGUCAAUAGGAAGAGUCAUAAUUGUUGGUGGGGACACAGAUGGAUGUGAUCCAAAUUAUAAUUGUGAUCCAGAAGCUUUACAAAUCCUUCUGGAAAUUCUUUAAGCCAACAACAUACAUAUCACAUUCAUUCCUAAAGCAGAAUAAGAAAUUCCACAAAAAUAUCUAGAUGCUUUAAGAUAAUAUGAUAAGAAAUUAAGCAAUUGGGCUCUUGGCAUGAUAGAGUAAAGUAAUUUCUCUAUGCAUAAAUUGUUGGGAGUAUAUUUCCUAUCUAAUAGGGAUUAAUUUAAAAUUGAAAAAUACGGAGUGGAAAUAGAAGAGAAUAGUAAUUGUAAGGGAUAUGUUAAUUUCUUUGAAACAUCAUUGCCAAAUCAAGUAGAAGUGGUGACAUAAAUUACAUUGGAUAAAUUUUUCAAUAAUUUACUUUAAAGCAUAGGUAAAGCUGCAAGAGGAGCUUUGAUGAAGGAUGAAUGA